AUGAACCCUGAUACCUGGAGAAGGGUUGAUAUAUCUCUACCUGUGUAUACAGGAUGUUUGGAGGAUGAGGAUUAUCCUGAGACUGCUGUUCAAAUUGCUCUUUACAAGGAAACCUUGAUGGAUAAAAAAUAUACUGAAGUUCCAGUAGAUGGAGAUAUAGUUGAUUACAACUACUCUAGAUACAGCACCUCCUUCAGUAUCUCCCACUGGGAGAGUUACCCUGGACAGAUCUGUCCCUCCCAGGUAGAAAACCUUCAACCCUUGAGGUUACGGAAUACGGAGGGAAAGUGGAGGAUAAUACUGAACUAUGUACAAGGAUACAAUCAAACUGUAAGUCCAGAAUAA